CCUUUUUGUUUUGUUUACCUCUAGGUUGCUGUGCAUGCGCGAAGAACAACACUCACGUUUGUCAUUAUUUCAAUGUUGAAUAUUUUCUAUCAAGUUCUAAACAAGACAAUCAUUUGCCCAAUUACAGAUGGCUACCAUGUCGUCCAAAAAGAAGGUACAGGACCAAGCAGAUGCGCCUGCGGACGAGCGUUUCUCCCGUGUCAAGCGAGACCCUCGUUUCUGGGAGAUGCCCGAGCGCCAGCGGAAGAUCAAGAUCGACAAGCGCUUCACGUCCAUGUUCCACGACGAGCGCUUCAAAGUCAAAUACACGGUGGACAAGCGGGGGCGUCCCGUCGAGCACUCCACUGCCGAGGACCUCAGACGCUUCUACCAGAUCUCCGAAGAUGAAGAUGAAAAUGAUCAAGAUGAUGAGGAGGAGGAGGAGGAAGAGGAGGAGAAGCAAGACAAGACAGGCGAUGACACGGAGGAGGUAGAAGAAGAGGAUGACGAGUCACAAAAUGAGGAGGACGAGGAGUCCGGUUCAGAUUCCGAGGAUGACAGCGGUCCCGACUUGGCUCGCGGCAAAGGCAACGUGGAGACCAGCUCGGACGAGGACGAGGACGGGGACGACGUGGACACCGCCCUGCGGCGUGAAGAAGCCGAGAUCCAGCAUGACUGGGGUGAACUCUGCAAGGACGCCGCACGCAGCGAGCAGGUCUGGCGGAGACUGGCCGUGUGCAACGUGGACUGGGACCGUCUGAAGGCCAAAGACCUGCUCGCCAUCCUUAACUCGUUUAAGCCUGAAGGGGGCGCCGUGUUGUCCGUCAAGAUUUACCCGUCGGAGUUUGGCAAGGAGAGGCUCAGGAUGGAGGAGUCGCAGGGACCGCUGGAGCUCAGGGCGCUGCCCGAUGACUCUGAGGACGACACCGAAGACGACAGGUUGUACCGAGAGAAGCGGCGCGACUACCAGUUCAAGCGUCUGAAGUACUACUACGCCGUGGCCGAGUGCGACACUGCCGCCACCGCCGCCAAAAUCUACCAGGAGUGCGACGGCUAUGAGUACGAGAGCAGCUGCUCCGUUAUCGACCUCAGGUUCAUUCCGGACGACAUGACGUUCGAGGAGUCUCCCAAAGACGUCGCAACUGAUGUCAACCUGACGACGUACACCCCAAAAGUUUUUACAUCAGCAGCCAACGUCACCUCAAAGGUGGAGCUGACCUGGGAUGAGACGGACCAGGAGCGCGUGAGUGCCCUCAGCAAGAAGUUCAACAAAAGCGAGCUUCUGGACAUGGACUUCAAGGCCUACCUGGCGUCCUCCAGCGAAGACGACGACGUCGUGGAAGACGACGAGGAGGAAGGAGGUGAGCGGGAGGAUGAGAAGAUGACGAGCAAGAGCCUGGACCAGAUCGGGAAGUACAAGGAGCUGCUGCAAGGACUUCGAGACAAAGAGAAGAAACGGCAGCAGGAGGAGGACAAAAACAUGGAGAUGGAGGUCACAUGGGUUCCUGGCCUGAGGGAGGUGACGGAGCAGCUGGUGAAGAAAAAGCUGGAGGAGAAGGAGCGGCAGCUGACGCCUUGGGAGGACUUCCUGCAGAAGAAGAAAGACAGGAAGAAGAACAAAAAGAAAAAUUCAAAGAAACGCGACGACAAGGGCGACGAGCUGAGCGACGACCAACUUCCUUCUGACGUCGACCUCGAUGACCCCUUCUUCAAAGAGGAACUUGCGACCGUGGACAUGAAGACCAAAAGCAAGGACAAGAAAAAGAAUAAAAAGCAUGAAGAAGAGCUCACGGCAGACGAACAACAACACACGGACAAACACAAGGCUGAGAUGUCGCUGCUCAUGGACGACGACGACGACAAGCACAAACACUUCAACUACGACAAGUUGGUGGAGCAGCAGAACCUGAGCAAGAAGAAGAAGAAGAAGAUGAUGAAGAAUGGCGAGGGGCCCGACGAGGAUCAAUUCCAGGUGGACGUGUCCGACCCCCGCUUCCAGGCCGUGUUCACGUCGCACCUGUUCAACCUGGACCCGUCGCACCCGAGCUUCAAACGAACGCGGGCCACGCAGAGCAUCCUGGACGAGAAACGGCGCCGGCGGCAAAACGAAGAGGAACAGCGGGAUCCCGAGGGUAACGACGACGACGGCGGCGGCGCUCAGCCGGCACUCGAGAAACCCGCCGACCGGGACGCCGCCCCCGAGACGUCGAUGGACGCUAGCUUGUCUUUGCUGAUCAAGUCCAUCAAGAGCAAGACUCACGACUUUCAAGCACGGAAGAAAGCAAAAUUACUUUGAACAUGGAACUUCGCUUCCUGGACGGACACACAAGUUGCACACUUUGACCUUUUCGAAUGAAACGUCUCCGUUUCAUCUUUUCCAUAAUUCAAGAACAAUGGAUUUCUAACUUUUGGCAAGUACCACCUAAAAAAAAAAAAAAAAAUUGAAAAUAUCAGCCCUCCCAAAUUUCGCCAACAUACAAUGUAGGUUCAAGUUUUCAACAAUAACAAGGCAGUUUUAUUCCUAAAAAAAAUACAUUAAAUAACAGCUUGCCACUGUAACAACAACAAUUUGAACAUUAAAAAAAAAAAAACAUACUAAAAAAUGUAAGUGUACUAAAAAAUAUCAAUCAAGUAAAACUCCACAUGCCACUGGAGAGCCCGCAUACCACACUUUGAGAAUGGCUGUUAUGGAACUAGGCAGAACAGUGGAGAAGCUGCUAAAGUGUUGGCCUUACAGUUCUGAGGACCCGGGUCCAAUCCCGGCCCCACCUGUGUGGACUUUGCAUGUUCUCCCCGUGCCUGUGUGGGUUUUCUCCGGGCACUCCGGUUUCCUCCCACAUCCCCAAAACAUGCAACAUUAAUUGGACACUCUAAAUUGCCCCGAGGUGUGAUUGUGAGUGCGGCUGUUGACUGUCUUUAUGUGCCCUGCGAUUGGCUGGCAACCAGUUUAGGGUGCACCCCUGCCUCCUGCCCAUUAACCGCUGGGAUAGGCUCCAGCACGCCACGUGACCCUCGUGAGGAUAAGCGCCGAAGAAAAUUAAUGGAUGGUUCUGAAACUUGACACAAACACCUAAAAAAAAAAAAAAAAAACUUGGCUUCACUAGUACCACCAUCCAAGUGGUUGUUAAAAUAGUCAUCAAAGUUUUAAUGCAAAGUACACAA